UAGUUCUCCACCCACCAGCCGAGAGAGAAGAGACCGCUCAGCGACGCGCGUUCCUCGUCUAAACAUAUGGCAAAAACAGCCCUCUUUCUUUCUUAUAUCGUUGUGCCCACUACUCUUUAAAAAUUCCGCCGAAAAAGAGAAGACGAUUUUCCAAAACCUUUUGGCCGUUAUCUCACGGCUCCCCUGUCUCUGCACAGGUGUAUGACCGCUACCCAGAGGGCCUAGGGGCGGCUCUUUACCGGGAGCGCUUUGACUUCAACGCUGAGCCGCCUUGGGAUCCUAGCUGAUAGCGGGACAGGUCCAUCUCCUGACUUGUCCAUUUUGUUGCAUACCGGCAGGACCCAUUGGCUCAGUCGUGACCCCUUGACUUGUUUAUCUGUUCUUUAUGAUUGUCGGCUUAGCGGAAUACGGUUGAGAUGAAAGGACUCGCUGACAAACCCAGCUACAUCAUUGAACUUCUGGAGGGAGGAGUGACCCUGGAAGACGUAAUCGAUGGACAUGUCUGUGAACAGGCUCUGGUGGAGAAGAGUGCGUUUGUGGUGGGCGACCUCGGUGCCCUGAUGCGACAGCAUGUGUGCUGGCAGAGUGUAGUGCCACAGCUGCAGCCCUACUACCCAGUCAAGUGCAACAGCAGCCCUGCUGUCAUCGAGGUGCUGGCCUCCUUGGGCCUAGGUUUCGUUUGUGCCAACAAGGCUGAAGUGAGCUUGGUGUUGGAGCACGGCGUGCCACCAGAAAACAUCAUUCUGUCAAGUGUUUGCAAGCAACUGGCACACAUUAAGCAUGCUGCCAAGAACAACAUCCAGCAUCUUGUGUGUGAAAAUGAGGCAGAGUUGUCCAAGAUUUCCCGUCUGCACCCUCAUGCAAAGUUGCUGCUUCAGUUGACCACUGAGGCCCACGCGGCUGAAACCAGCAUGGUCUUCGGCUCCUCUCUGAAGAGCUGUCGGCACCUGCUGGAGGCAGCCAAGGAGCUGGGAGUCCAGGUGGUGGGGGUAACCUUCCACAUCCCCAGCUCCUGCCAAGACCUGCAGCAGGCCUACACCCAUGCACUGUCAGAUGCACGCUGUGUGUUUGACAUGGGGAUCGAUCUGGGCUUCAACAUGAACAUCCUGGACAUUGGUGGUGGAUUUACUGGCUCAGAGUUUCAGCUCAAACAGGUUGAGUCUGCUGUCAGGCCGCUGCUAGAUGCCUACUUUCCCCAACUGUCUGGUGUGCAAGUGUUGGCCCAGCCGGGCAGCUUCUACGUGGCCUCAGCUUUCAGCCUGGCUGUCAGUGUCAUCGGCAAAAAGGUGGUCGCUCGCCACUGGGACAGCCUAGAUCAAGGUGAGAACAACGAGGAUACCAAGUUCCUGUACUACAUGAAUGAGGGUGUUUAUGGCCCAUUCAGCCGCAAGCUGCUGGGAAACUCCAUCGCUGCCCCGUCAGUGCACAAGCAUGUGUUGUGCGCUGGGGAGGCGGUGUAUCCCAGCAGCCUGUGGGGCCCGACACUGGACCAGUUGGACCAGGUGGUGGAGCGUUGCCUGCUGCCUGAGCUCAGUGUGGGAGACUGGCUUCUGUUCUCCAACAUGGGGGUGUGCGGCCUGGAAGAGUUCAGCUGUCUCUCCAGCUCCCCCCAGCUGCCUGUCUACUACACUGUCUCCACCUCUGACUGGUACGAAAUGCAGGAGGCCGGUGUGGCACUGGACGGUGCCAUGAAGAAUUUCUCCAUGCUCCAGUACAGUGCGUAACUACCCUCAGCCCCUGUCCCGUAUUGUAUUGCACAGAUCCCCCUUACCUCUGCUUUCACCAUGUGAGAAGAGAGGUCAGCGUGGUAUUUGGGACAUGGGGCAAAAAAUGUGGUCAACAUUCCAGCCACCUUGGAAAAUGCAGUGUCCCGUUAUUUCUUCCAGAAUCUGACUUUUUUUUUACCUCCAGAAAUGGGAAACAGUUGGUUGUUCGAUACCUCAAUUGUUUUAAAUUUUUUUCCUGGAAGGUAGUCCUGGUUUUGCUCCUCUCUCUGAAGGACUCAAAGUCUGUCAGCUAAAAGAACUCUAGCCCAAGCUCAAAUGACAUUAUGCAACAAAAUGGAUGACUUUUUGGAGAUGGGACCUCCCCAACAUGUUUUGGGGCGGUUUGUUUCCUUAAUCAAAUUCAGUUUACAAAAUGUACAAUUGAUUAAAAUCAAAUGUUCUCUAUUGAUUACCUGUUGACAGUCGUGUAAAUUAUGUGUCUGUUCAACACCAACACAUUUUGUCUGUAGAUGAUUUUUGAAGUGUUUAAAAGAAUCAAUGCCUCGUGUGGAUUCUGUACUUCAGACCCCUCACUUUGCAUCGUUUAAAUGAAAUUAUGACAAUGAUGUAACCUAUUUCUUUAUUGCAGAUCACCUCAAUGCAUUUUUAUUUAUUGGAUUCAGAUAUUACUGGGGCAUAUUUAAAGCUCCAUCUUUAAGUGUGUUUUGCCCAGGUAUUAUGCUGUGGCCCAUCUAACAGUGUUUUCCUGAUAAGAUAUUGAUGUGUUUUUUUUGUGUUUUUUUUAACGCUACAUGGAUUAUGUGUGCUGUGAUUGCCAUUCGUGACCUCAGUGGUUUCCCUUUACCUGAAACGCAUGAUGGAAUUGCUGUGGGAGAUUCUCUCUAUGCUGAGCUAUAGCUUGAAUACAGAGAAGUCGCACUCCUUGCCUCUAACCCGGAGAGGUUAAUCUGGUUCAAAAUGCACAAAAAUCUUUUGUAGGUUAAAAGAAUACUGUGACGUUUAACAUCGCAGCCCUGAUUUUUCAGAUCUUCAUAUUGGUGUCUCUUGUCAAUGGAUUGGUCCUUGUUCUCCCAGGAUCUGAAAAGUCAGAAAAGGAACUUUUUCUGAAGAGGGUUCAAGCAUAAGUUUAUCUGUAUGUGGCAGAUAUUGAUGUACACGUCUGUAUCUUUAAAAUGAAAGACAUGCAAGUUGUACACAAACCUCUCUGAGGCAGUGCAAAUGAAAAUAUGCCAGACCUUUCCUCAUGCCUCUCUGAAGUUAUGGGGGGACAUAAUGCACAGUCUCUUGUACAGCUACAUGUUUAAUAAUAUUAAAGAUGACCUGACUUAACUGCAGUUUUUAAAGAAUCCUGCCCUUGUGUGUUACAAGUGACUAAUGUAUUAAUUACUUGCUUGUCUACGGCACUAAUGGACCAUAGCCUGUUUUUGACUGUAAAUUGUGCUUGUUAAAGUAAUGAAAGUGAUUAAUUUAAUACAUUUCUGACUGAAAUCAUU